CAUCAGUUUUUAUGGCCAGAGUAUGGAGUGUUCCCUGCAUGCAAGAUGUGUUGCAGUGAUGAACUGAAAACACUUUAUGGUACCAUAUGAAGCAAUGAAUCUGUUUCUGGGUUAUUCUAGAAUGUAAUAAAGUUCUGUCAUGUGAUAUGGGUUCAGACUCUUGCACAGUGCUUCUUUGUGGCUGUACGUUGAAUUUGUGGCCGACAAUUUUAACGUAUUUUGACGAUCUUUACAUAUUUUGGAGAAAAGGUGCCGGGAAUGCAUACUACCACAAAAAUCACUGCUGAUAUGUAUUCUGAACGUACUAGGAAAAAUUACAUGGAACUGGAGAAAAUGAACAGAAAAAUUAUGUUCUUGUUAUCAUCCUUGGCAGGGCUUUGAUGUCAUCUGAGAGAGAAUGCAUAUCCAUACAUAUUGGGCAGGCAGGGGUACAAAUGGGAAAUGCGUGCUGGGAGCUCUAUUGCCUGGAACAUGGGAUUCAUCCUGACGGGCAGAUGCCGUCAGAUAAGACAAUAGGAUAUGGAGACGAUAGUUUCAACACAUUCUUCAGUGAAACGGGGACAGGAAAGCAUGUGCCUCGGGCUGUGUUUGUGGACCUUGAACCUACCGUGGUUGAUGAAGUACGAACGGGCACAUACCGGCAUUUAUUCCACCCUGAGCAGCUUAUUACGGGGAAGGAGGACGCUGCCAAUAACUAUGCUCGUGGACAUUACACCAUUGGAAAGGAGUGCAUAGACCUGACACUUGACCGUAUUCGUAAGAUGUCUGACCAGUGCAAUGGACUUCAAGGUUUUCUCAUCUUUCAUUCCUUUGGUGGUGGGACUGGUUCUGGGUUUGCAUCACUCCUCAUGGAAAGGCUGUCGGUGGAUUUCCCCAAGAAAAGCAAACUCACCUUUUCCAUCUACCCAGCCCCACAGGUUUCAACUGCAGUUGUUGAACCUUACAAUGCUAUACUGUAUACACAUCCAACCUUGGAGCACUGUGAAGUUGCCUUCAUUGUGGAUAAUCAAGCCAUAUAUGAAAUCUGCAGAAGAAACCUCAACAUUGACAGGCCAACAUACACGAACCUCAAUCGGCUCAUUGGACAGAUUGUAUCGAGCAUUACAGCAUCACUACGGUUUGAUGGAGCUCUCAAUGUAGACCUGACUGAAUUUCAAACUAACUUGGUACCGUAUCCUCGCAUCCAUUUCCCUCUGGCCACAUAUGCGCCGGUGUUGUCAGCAGAGAAGGCCGGCCACGAGCAAAUGACGGUAGCAGAGAUCACCAAGGCGUGCUUUGAACCACAAAAUCAAAUGGUGAACUGUGAUCCACGCAAGGGGAAGUACAUGGCAGUGUGCAUGCUGUACCGUGGUGAUGUGGUACCUAAGGAUGUUAAUUCAGCCAUCUCUAUGAUCAAGAAGGAGAAAACAAUUCAGUUUGUUGAAUGGUGCCCUACAGGUUUCAAGGUUGGUAUCAAUUAUCAGCCACCAACAGUAGUUCCUGGUGGAGACUUGGCAAAGGUAGAACGAGCAGUAUGCUGCUUGUGUAAUACCACAGCCAUCAUGGAUGCUUGGAUGAGAAUAGACCACAAAUUUGACCUGAUGUUUGCUAAGAGAGCCUUUGUCCAUUGGUAUGUUGGAGAAGGCAUGGAAGAAGGUGAAUUUUCAGAGGCCCGUGAAGACCUUGCAGCUCUGGAGCUGGAUUACCAAGAAGUUCAGGAAGAUGCUGCUUCAGAUGAAGAAAAUGAGGAAUACUGAAGUUUAUGGCCCCAUAGCUGCGGUAUUCACUGGUGCAACAUACAUGUAUUAGGCGAUAUAAAUAUACAUUGCUCAUGUCUUCUUGUCCCAGUAUUAUUAUAAAAUUUGAAAUGAGCAAAUUGUACACGAGAACCGUUGUUGCACACACAUGUGAGUUGCAAUGCAUAGUGUUUUUACAGCCAGAGAAGAAAAUUAUCUGAUUUCUGAUCCGGUCCCACAACAUAGAUGUUGGUGGAGGUCAGUUUGUGAUCUUAUUAAAAUAAAUUUCUUUUUAAUACUUAUUAGCAUUCAGUUGGAGUUGACUGCGUUCUUUAGUAUAACUAUGUGUAGGUUGUGUUUAGUUAUAAUUGUAGGUUGAUUAUUGAAGUGCAAUGAGAAGCCAGUUGUCAAGUGUAUUUAUUUAUUCAUUCAUUCAUUCUUUGUAAGGAAAAAAAAUGUCCACAAAAAGGAGAAUAUUUUAGUGUCACUGCUGUACUUAUAUUUGAAUAACAGUAACCAGAGACUAAAUAAUUGCACCUAAGUUGAUCUUAAAAUGUGUGUCGUGACUGGUCUCUGCGCCCUUUCUUUUUACACAUUCCGUCCAUUAUCACAGGUAUUGUUCAUUUGUAUGAACUUUUAUAUAUGUGUGCAUGUGUUACCAUUAGAGACAAUGCAUACUGUUGUAUUUUGCACUUUUAACACAAGUUGUAAUCUUUAUUAAAACCGUCUUUCAGUCAA